UGCCAACAGUGCAAGAGAGCAGAGCUGUCAAGGCCUGUGGAAGACCUCAGUUCAAGCAUGUGGGGGCUGUUCGUCACUCUGCUGUUUUUGCUGCUUGGAAGUCUUAUGGAUGCUAAAUGUCCUCUGACCGACCUGUACAACCUCACUGGACCCUCUGGUGCACCAGAUUUGCAGUCGCUGCAACCCAGAGUACGCUGCCUGAAUAUCAGUGGCCAGUUUAAUCUCACCAAUGUCAAUUUCAGUGUGGGGGAAAAAGUGGAAGAGUUGGACCUGUCCAAUAAUAAAAUCCAAAGCCUGCCACCAGGAUUCCUGAAGUCUGCAGCAAAUCUGAAAUCACUGUUCCUUCACAAUAAUAAACUGAAGCUCCUUCCUUCCCACUUGUUUGCCAAAACACCCAACCUGAAGCUUCUGAGUCUGGAGAACAACCAACUUUCCCCUGGAUUCAUUGAGGACUUUAAUCACUGCCUGGAGAAGCUCAGUGUGGACUGCUACUGCAAUGUGGCUGGUCGCAUUUUGCAAUAUUGCCACAACUGCUCAGACAGUGGCAUCAAAUGCCAGUGUUUCUCUUCUAAAAAGCUGGUUAAUGUAACUGACUACUACACCAGCAGCUGCCGUGGCAUGGGUGUUGUGCUCUAUCCUGCCAUUGUGGUGCCUAUCUUGGUUCUGCUCUUACUGGCCAUCCUGGUUUACUUCGUAAUCCGGAGGAAGAAAAGGGCCUCAAUCAAUGAGGAAAAGCGGCCUUCCAACACAUCUGAAGGCACUUCCGGACAACCAAGGUACAUCAGCCACUUGUCCCCGCCAGAGAACACAUUUCAGGACAUGGAAUUCCACAAGGACUAUGAGAACAUCUACAACAACGAAUCCAAGGGCAAAGGGGGCAAAAUGAGAAGUGGGCAAGGCAGCCACCAGAGCCGAAAGCAGACAACAGCAAAAAGGUCUCCAUCGAAAGGUGAGAAUAUACAUGCUUCUGAAGGUCAUCAGCCAAUCUAUGCCAAUGCUCAGGAAGUAUAUUACAACUAUAGCGGGAAACCUAUGCCGGAACCAGCAGACGAUAUCUACAUUAUUCCAGACCAGUGACAUCUUGGCUCCAUCAACACUGCUAUGACCAAAGAUGUCCCAGAACAUCUCCUGGGCCUCCUCUAUUGCAGUGGCCGCUCUUUGGAACACCAUACCCCCAAUUCAUUUGGCCCCAGGUCUGCUGGCAGUUCAUAAAUCAUUGAAGACCUGGAUGGGACCUAUAGGUUGGGUGAGCCCAGCUUCCUCUGGCAUGACUAUGGUAAUGUGGUUGAGUGGAUUGUCCUCGGGCUCCAUUAUGUUAUGAUCCAGGCACUGUUGUUUAUGUUGUUAUUCAUGAGUUUUGUUUUGUUGGUUUGAAUUACCUAUGUCUGCCACCCAGAGUCAUGAUUGUGAGGCGGGUGACUAUAUAAACUGAUACAAUAAAUGAAUAAAUGGUCAUUUUGUGGUGAUAUUUCACUUUCACAAGGAGCAGUAGAAUAAGGGGAGGGGGAAACACUCGGGAAAACUGCUGACCGACUUUCUCCUCUCAUGUUAUCAGAAUGGAGGACUUACAGUGCCUGCUAAUCUACUGCCACCCCUUUCCUAGAAUUAAUUUUAUCCUAACGAAUGCAUUAAAUGUAUUUGGUGAUACAGUACAUAUUUUUUCCAACUCCAACAUGUGCC